UGGAGCCAAGGAGGGCGGGAGUUUAGGCUGCGCCGACCCCUCAGCCCCCUCCAGGAGCCGUUCGGAGCCCGGGACAUGUCGGGAUUGAGGAGAUACGAGGUGGCGCUGGAGGCGGAGGAGGAGAUCUACUGGGGCUGCUUCUACUUUUUCCCCUGGUUGCGCAUGUGGCGGAGGGAGCGGAGCUCGGCGCACCCCCGGGAGCAGAAGCUGGAGCCUCUGCGAGGCCUGAUGAGCUGUUUAUCAAGCGGCCUGGGCCCUGCUCCCCAGCGUUCAGGUCGCAGCCUCCCCUGCCGCACACCUGCCGCCACUACCCAGCCAGCCGGUGCAUUAAAGAUUUAAACCCGAAGCCACCGUGCUGCCCUCCUGACUGCCGCCUCUGUCGCCAUUCCAGCUGGGAGCCCCUCCACGCCGGCUGUUUCCUUACGGACAGUUACUCCGCCCAGAUAGUGUGUGCUCUUACAUACCAGGUCCCUGC